AUGAAUCUCCGGAAGAAGUUUGAACGUGGUACUCUUCGUGGAGGUCUGAAUCGCCCACAGCACCUAACGCCCGACACAUCUUGUCUACCCCCAACAUUGGCUCCUCUUCCUUCCGAAAUCCAACAGGAGGAAAUUAAACGCAAACUGCCGGAAAUGCCGAGCCAGGAGGAAUCGGAGGUCACGAGCCAAAAGGAGUCGCCUCCCCCACCAAAGUCAGCUGAUCGACGUCAAGAUCAUCCUUCCUUCUCCGGUGGUCCCGGUGGUCGUGGUCCCCCUGGACACCCACCUGGGUUUCCUCCUGGUCAUCCUCCACCACCAGGUUUUCCUAUGCCCCCUCAUCCGCCACCUGGUUUCCCACCUGGUCCACCUCCUCCAGGUUUUCCACCCUUUCCUCCUCCACCAGGUUUCCGACCACAUUUCAUGGGACCCUUCCCACCGCCAUCUCGUCGUCCUGGCAACGCAUCUCGAGACAAUUGGCCAAUUCAAAGAGGCCGAGAAGCCAUUGUUGAGAAAAUUCCUUUGGAUGACCCUCAAGCUGAUUGCGAUGAAUCCAAGGAAUCCGAAGAGUCUCAAGUGGAGGAGUGCGUUUCAAUAACAACGGAGGAUUCCGCUUCGAUAAUAACAGAGAAUGAUUCCCACGACAACGAAGGCGGA